ACAUAAAAUAGGUCAUGCUUUAUCAGUUGAACAUUAUGGUGUAAUGAAUGACAGACCAAAUACCUCAGCACCUAAACAAGAAAAUAAGCCGGACCCAAAUUCAGAUUCAGACAAGGACUCAGAUGCG